UGUGCGUGCUUGUGGAAAGAGCGUGAAAUGCGGCGAUGCGUCUCCCAACAUUCAUAGGAUGCUUGCUGCAGAAUUGAGGCGGUCUGAAGAAGACUGGAGUCAAAUUCCUCACCGCGUCGGAGCUCCAACACGACACAGGGCAGUGACUAACGGACCGCUCGCCCAUCGAUUUAGAAAUGAUCCACAUGAUCGACAAUCAAGCAAAACUCGUCCAGUUCUUCAUCUUUCUAUGCCCGCGGAAGUGAGCUCAGUCAUGCUUCGUGUCAGCGCGUAGUUGCUGGACGUCACAUAACUGUUGGACCAUCAACUUCGUCGGCUUCUUCUAAACGGGGACAUGUUUGCUGGAUUGUUGGGCCUGAAAUGCCUCGGCAACUCUCUGCAUCACCACGGCCAAGGACUUGUGGAAGGUGGCAGAGCCUCAGGGACAGCUGGCAGCGUCGGCCGUAAGAGGCUCCACCGGAGGCCUGGUUACAUGAGAGGGGAGCAAUCCAGACCACUUAGCACUACUGAUGAUCCGGAGCACGAGGAGGAUGAGGGGGAAGCAGAAGAUGGGGCAAUCUGUAUAAGGAAUGGGACAAGUGGAUGUCAAACUGGGGGGAUAAGUCUAUUAUCUGCUGUCAGAAUGUCUCCAAUGAAAAUUGCACAACCUAACAAAAAUUCCCAGGACAUUCCUACUCCCUCCACCAAUGACAGUGCCCUCAGUAGCACAUCCAGCCAACCAAAGAAUGAACUUACGUUAAACCGCUGUCCAAUACUUAUGCCUUCAACUAGCCCGGAAGAAUCUUUCCAUUCCAGCUUCAGUUUCAUUCAACAGUCUCUCACUGCUUCUGCAACACCAGCGCAUGGCCCGGAACCUAAAACCACAGAAGUACCUAACUCCUCUGAAAUUAAACCAGCAUCGCUGUUUCUUGAUCAACCUGACUCAAAACCCUCCACCAAGGUCACAUCCACUUCUGUCCUGAGCAGCCAUGAAGAAAGGGAGACACCCGCAUUCGGUGGCCGUUUUUGGGGGGAACGUGCGUGGGGCAGCAGGGAGGUGUCGUCUGACCUGCCCGAUGGCGACUUCCAGUGUCUGGAUUCAGAAAUCACCUCUUCACUGUCAAUUGACUCAGACACCGCCUCUGCAUCGUCAGUCACAUCGGGAUACGAGAGCACCACACCUGCUUCUGACCAAGGCUGGGACAAUUUGAUGAAGAAGUACGACCACGUGCUGCAAGACUGUCUCGAUAACAACCGGACGCACAAUAAGAUUGAGUCCAUGAUGUUAAAGCUCCAGAGAUUGCAGCAAAAAGCCAUCGUGGAUGAUGACUAUGAUGCAGCUGAGCGAUUUGGGAAAAAGCUGGAGGAGCUGUGCAAGGAGCGAGAAGCUUUGAAGCUGGGUUUACCAUCAAGACAGCCGAGUGUGGCUCUGUUCCUCCAGAGGCUCAGAGAGGUGGUGCAGAGCGCCCUCUACAGGAAAGACAGCAGUCAGCACAGGUCAGGAGCAGAAUCCGAUGGAGGAGAGCCGUCAGACUCAGCGCGCCGUCGAGAUCGUCUCAUACAAGAGAAACGAAUAGUAGAGGAGGAAAUCGAGGAGCUGCAGCAGAGACUGGCAGAGCUAAAGGAUCGCAGUCGAUGUCUAGACCAGCAGAUCCAGCAGGAGGAGCAGCAGAUGGAGGCUGAGGAGCUGGAGGGAUCCGUGCUGAGGAGCUGCAGCUCGGCCCAGCUGAGAGACAUGAGCCGAACACUUCAUGAUCUCGUGAUGUCUGAGAACCGCAUCCAGAUGUCUGUCUCUCUUCCUCCCUCCAUGCUCAGACUUCAGGAACAGGAGCAGGCAUUGAAUCUAUCCAUCAAGGAAGCUACUGCCAAAGUGGUUAUGAGUCAGAAGCUGGGCAGCAGCCUCAGGAGGAAAGUCAGUGAGACUGAAACUCAGCUCUUAGCUUUGCAUGAAGCCAAACUGGCCGCCAUCUCAGGUAACGACUUCAGCAGUGCCAAGGAGCUGAAGGCUGAGAUGAAGGCGGUGUACCAGGAGCAGGAGCGACUGGAGGCCCUGGUCAAGAGGCUACACAGUCUCAGCUCAGGGAGCAGCCAAGAGCUGGCCAGGAUGAAGGAGCAGCAGCAGCAGCUCAGAAAGGAGCUGGAGCACAGGGAGGUGCAGCAUGAAAGCCAGCUGAAAGACAAUGCCGUCAAGUAUAUUGAGCUAUUGGAAGACAGGCUGCACAGCUGCAGCUGCUCGGGCCUGGAGCGGAUUUGGGAAGCCGACCUGGAGGCGUGUCACCUGUUCUUACGAGGCUUGCAGCUACGGACAUCCAUCUGCAGCGGAGCGGACGUGGACGACCAUCUCGCCACAAAUGGCUGUGCUUCACUGCAAAUGUGUGCCAAAGAGGAAGAAGACAGCGCCAUGUUGACGGCUUUAGGCGGUCGCUGGUGUCCCGAGGCCAAUUUACAGAACUCCGAGUUCACGAAGAAAUUGGAGGAGUUUUUGUUCUGCAUGGAGGAUAACAAUCCACAGGAUGUGUCCAGCGAUGAUGGGGCAGCAGACCUCGCCGAGCGCUGUGAGCUGAUCAGUGACAGACUAAUGACCUUGGAGGACGACUUGCAGAUGGCCAUACUGAACCAGGAUCAGGCCCUUGCUGAGUCACUGGAGAGGCAAGUUCAGGAAGUUAAAGCCACUUUGCAAAACAUGCUCGCUCUGCUCCGAGAGGAAGUGGAGGAGGACGUGAAUGUUCAUGAAUUGCAGGAUGAUGAUGAGGCUGUGGAAAAUAAGACUUUGGAGGAGGAGGAAGAGGAGGAAGAGGACCAGUACUUCAGUGACAGCUGGGACAUUUGAAGAGGACGCCUGUUGUGUUUUACGAGCACUCACACUGGGAGCCUGACCUGCACUCUUCAGUUGAACCGACCCCCUCCCUAUUUAAUGUAAAGCCACACUCAAAGCAUUUUGCAAGCAGCCCCCCUGUGGAACUGAUCACAGUCUCCAGUUGUUGCUUGCCUUUACUUAAGACAUAUUUUAUACAUGCAGGGAGACAACACUUGAAUUCAAAUUAGCUCAGUGCCUUCAGGCUUCUCAGUCUGUUUUUUUUUUCCAGUGAACAUAUUAAGAAAUAACUGUUGUUUCAAUUGAAGGUUGAUGUUUUGUUCUAAAUUUCUCACCCUCAAACUCAAAUGACCAAAACACAGAAUGUAAACACAGAAACCACUUUUUGAUUAUUUUUGGGACCAAAAAGACAAUCUCUGUGAUUUUUUUUUUUUUACACAUUAUCAUUCAUGCACAUUAACUAAGUGUUCGUUUUUUUCCUGUGGCUUUUUGUGUGAAUGUGUUUUUUUCUUUUCAAGUGGACUUAUUGUAAUUUUAUGAGUGUGGUGCUAACUUGAACACUUGUUAGUUGUGAAAAUGCAAUUAUUUCGGGUCUGUGACUGAGGGAUAAAUGACUAAGGAGUAUUAGAGCUACUCUGACAAAAAAGUACAUUUACGUGAACAAAAGUUGUAAAGUUAAAAGAAAAAGAGACACUAUAAUGAGAAUAAGUUCAAAACUGUCAAAACGCUAUCAGAAAUUUUAGCCCGACAGUAUGAGACAGUGGUAUGUGACAUGUAUUGAUUGGAUAAUAUUAUACCAAUUGACAGAGAAAAAAACUGCUGUAUGUGCAACUGACUGCAAGAAGACAUAUGCUAAAUCUUGUUCACUCCAAACAUUUUUUUGUAGUUUAAUGGGAGAAUCAAUUAUUUUUUUUUUUUUUUACAUUUACUGUGCAUUCCGAGAAUUCCUAUUUAUUGCCCAUCGUGUCUCACUAAUUACAGUAUGUAGCCUCUUGCCCGAUGAUGUUUCCAGCUGUUUUCUUUUUGUAACGACUUUGGUGAUGGCCCCCUCACGAAGGGCCGGGAUGUGGGCAUCCUUCCAGGCAAGAGGGGGCAGUGUUGACAUGUCGGCGUUAUCAAUACGCUAAUAAAGGUCCUCUAGCGAGGUCUGCAGGGGA